AUGGUAUAUCGAGAGGGUCACCAACAGGUUAGUGGUCUUAGUCCAGCUGCAAAGACGCUUGUUAUUGACAUGACUUCUGCUGCAGCAAAGCCGCGUCACAUUAUGGCAGCCGUGAAAGAGAAGUUUUCGAAUGAGAACCCUAACAAGAGACAUAUCUACAAUGUGAGAAGUCGUGCUCGUCUAGAUGCUUGUGAAGGUCGAGAUGUUGCGCACCAGUUUGUUCACUUGGAGAAUGAGUACAAGUAUGUCACUUGGAUAAAUGUUGAUCCAGAUACCCGUGCCAUCACCCAUGCUUUUUUGGCCCAACCAGAGAUGGCUAAUAUGUUACGUACGUAUCCACAUGUCAUUGGGAUGGAUUCUACGUACAAGACCAACAUAUAUAACACGCCAUUCUUCAAGCUCGUUGGUGUCACGCCUACAAAUCAAAACUUUUUGAUCGGAUAUGCCAUAUUGAAGAGCGAAACUUAUGCAAGAUACAAGUGGGUUUUGGAGAAAUUGCAGUUGUACAUUGGAUUUGAGGUGGCUCCGAAUGUUUUUGUUAUUGAUUGUGAGUUGGGGUUGAUGAAGGCUUUGAAAGAGGUCUUUCCAAAUUGUGCGCAUUUAUUAUGCGGGUGGCACAUUAACAAGGAUGUAUUGGGAAGGGCGCACAUUUUGUGUGGGAAGAUAUGUUGA